AUAUAUAAAUGAUGAAUUUAUAUGUUUAGUAUAAGGAUGGCUAAAUACUCCACCAAAAUUAAUUGUAGAAAUAAUUCGUUUACAGAGUUCAACAUGGUAGCUUGCAGGAUAACGGAUGCCCGUAAUAUAGCAGCAAAUAAUCAUCAUCAUCAUCCACAGCAGCAACAACAACAACAGCUAUCACAACAUCCGCAACAACAACAUCAUCAUUUACAACAACAACAAAUGCAUAAUCGUAAUACGGGCUCGAUUUCCGCUAGUCAAGUGCCUUUAAAAAACAAUACUGAUCAUUAUCGUGAUUAUGAAACCGUUUUCAUAGUUCCAGGUCCAUCAUGUCAUAAUCAAAAUCGUAAGAUGCAAUUAAUUUAUGAAAAAUUAUAUCAACAAAUUAUGAUGUGUUGUAGUUAA